GGAUGGACAGUAUUAUUGGGUCGGUGGGGAGAGUGGCCAAUGUCAAAGUCCGUAACGACGACGACCUGAACGACCGUGUCAACCAUCUAUAUACCACCGGCAUCCUCAUCAUCUUCACAGUGGUGGUCAGCGCCAGGCAGUAUGUGGGCGACCCUAUACGAUGCUGGUGCCCCGCCCAGUUCACAGGGGCUCAUGUGGACUACACCAACAACAUCUGCUGGAUCUCCAACACCUACUACAUACCUAUGGACUUCAUCGUGCCGGAGAGCAUCGACAAGCGCAUGGAAACCCAGUUGACCUACUACCAAUGGGUACCGGUGAUGCUGCUUAUCCAGGCUCUGUUGUUUUACAUCCCGUGCAUCAUCUGGAGACUUCUCAACGGCCAGUCAGGCAUCAAUGUUGACAGAAUUGUCUCCUUGGCCAGCGACGCGCAGUACGAAGCUCCGGAAGUGCGCAUACGCACCAUCAAGUAUGUGGUGCGUCAUAUAGAUCGUUGCCUUGACAACCAGCGCGAGAGCCGCCAUCGCUGUUGUGUCACGCUACGUCACAUCCUGUCGGCCAAGCUGAAUUUGUUGUGCGGCAGACGGUAUGGCAACUAUCUUGUUUCAACCUACCUGGCCAUGAAGGUGCUCUACAUCUCCAACGCCAUUGGCCAGUUCUUCAUGAUGAAUGCCUUUCUGGCCACGGACUACAACCUCUACGGCUUCCAGGUCCUUGAGGACUUGAUAGAAGGUGAAUCGUGGACAGCAUCCCGCCGCUUUCCGCGCGUGACCAUGUGCGACUUCGAGAUACGCCAGAUGACCAAUAAGCACAACUACAGCGUCCAGUGCGUGCUGCCCAUCAAUCUGUUCAACGAGAAGAUCUACAUCUUCCUUUGGUUUUGGCUAGUCCUUGUCUGCACCCUCACCUGUUACAGUUUCUUGUCCUGGCUCUGGCAUAUGGUCUUUCCGUCCUCCCGGAUACACUACGUCCGGAAAUUCCUCAAAAUCAUGGACCGCAUCGGUUCGGGCCCGGACAAGAAGCUAGCCACGCGCUUCACAAUGGAGUAUCUACGCCACGACGGGGUAUUCACCCUCAAGCUUGUCGGCAAAAACUCAAGCGAUAUCGUUGUUGCAGAAAUCAUGUCCGGACUCUGGGAUCUAUACCGGAGUAAGAAGUCCAUUCAGAUCAGGAAUACGACCUCGCUGCCUUCCAAUGGACAUGAAAGUGACGGAGAAGACGUAUAG